UGGCAACACUGACAGGCUGGAGUUUGAAUCGGGCAGAUAGACGAGAGAGGCAAGAAGGGCGGCCGCUGGUGGUUUUAUUUUAACUUUUAUGCCGUUUUCUCCGCCAUUAACGCCCCGAGGAGCACACACGCACCACCGAAAGCAAGAUGGAGGCUUCUACUAGUGAUGUGCUGCUUAGAUGUCUGAAUGUCCUGCAGCUGACCCAGGACCAGUGCCCCUCCUUGCAACACUUGGCAGAUGGGAGAGUCUACAGUCGCCUCGUCAGCAUCCUCAAAAAUGAACAAAUCGUCAAUCAGAAUUUGGCGUCCCUCACACCCACCCUGGAGGCACUGCUGCAAGAGCACUUUGCAGCGACCAACCUUGUGGUGUUUGAGGAGGCCGUGGGAGGCAACAGGGAGGAGCUGACCAAGCUGACCCUGCUGCUCCUCUACAUCGCCCUCUUCACAGACGCCAAGCUGAGGGGUCGGCUGGUCAACACCUCGGCGCUGGACCAGGCAACGCAGGCCAGGUUCAAGUACCUGUUGGAGGCCGUGCAGAAGAGGGGCGCCAGCCUCAGCUCCCGCUUCCUGCACAUCCUCUGUACUGAAGAAGUUGGUGCUAGAAGUCCUUCCUGGGCCCCGAGUCAGGUGAAUGGUGCUGAGUUGAGUUCACCCAGAGUAUACACCACCUCCCCCAAGUCUUCCAUCAUCGCCUCCCCGCUCAGAGAGUUGGUGCAGAGCCCUCACUUCCGGCUGCAGGAACUCUUGAACUCCAGGAAGCGUGAGGUCAAGCGCCUGCAGCAGCAACUCACCGCGCUGGAGUCUGACAAGCAGGAGAUGACGCUCACCAUAUCCUCGGGGAACACCAAGGUUACAAAACUACGCGAGGAGGUGAGUCGGCUGCAGGCCAAGCUCCAAGCCACCCAGCAGCAGCAGGACGAGGUGCAGGCGCAGGCCAUGAUGGACGAUAACCUCAAACUACAGCAGGUGAAGGAACUGGCGGCGAGGUGCUCCCAGCUGAGGAAGGAGAACACAUCCCUGCAGCAGACGGACGAGAGACUGAAGGAGGAGAACGAUGACCUCACUGCCCGGAACUCCUCCUUGCGCCAACAGCUGCUGCACAUUCGCCUGGACAAAGACCGCCUGGAGGGGGAAGUGAGCUCGCUGAGAGAGGCGAAGUUUGAGAAUGAAAGCCUUAUAGAGAGCCAGGCCAGCGACAUCAGGGAAAUGAAGACUCAACUUGAGGAGCUGCGUCAGUACCUCAUGGACCACAAGAGUGCGAGUGUCUCCAUCGAGGAGUCGUUUGGGAACUCUCCGCUCCAUUUCUCCUCCAGCCAUUCUUCAAGUGUCUCAGGCGAGGAGAACAUGGCCGAGGCCGUGGUGGAGAAGGUGCUGAAGGAGGAGCUAAUACAGCUGCAGCUCCAACACUCAGCGCUGCAGCAGGACUUUGACGCGGCCGCCACCACGAGAGACCAGCUGACCCAACAGGCAGCUGCCCAGGAGGAACACAUGAGGUGCCUGGCCCAGGAGGUGGAGGACAAGGCCCGUUCCCUCGCCUCACUCACAGAACAGCUGAGUGGAGCGCAGGACACCAUCAACGCUAUGUUGAAGGAAAAGGAAAAGCUGUUACAGGACUUUGAAAGUGAAAAAGUGUCACUAAGUGGUGUGAUCAAGGCGCAGGAAGACUCCCUGUCAGCCCUGCAGCAGCAAGUCAAGGAAAGCAUGGAGGAAAACACUCGGGAAAAGUCCGCCCUGGCCACGACCAUCACACUGAAGGAGGAGGAGUGCAAGGACCUGCAGAGGAGACUGGAGGACACUCACAGGACCUCUGAGGAAGACAAGGUGAAGUUUGCCAGCAUCCUGCAGGAGAAGGAGCAGUGCAUCGCAGACCUCAAGGAACAGAUGGGUCACCUCAGGACGCACAUGUCUGAGGAGAAGGCUGCGCUGGAGGCCCAGGUCAAGCUGACUGAGGAGGCGACCCACAACCAGAAGGUGGCAAUGGAAUCUACCGUGAAACUGUUGGUGGAAGAAAAAGACGGAGAGAUUCAGAGAAAGGAAAAGUGCAUUGCAAAACUUGAGAGUGAAAAAGACAGCCUGUUGAAGAUGCACCAGGAAGAAAGGAGUUUGCUGGCCACCACGGCCGAGGAACACAAGCGUGCCCUGGAAGCACUACAGCAGAGGCUUGACAGUGUGACAGGGCAGCACACCACUGAUAAAGAGAAGCUGGAGAGUGAGCUCAGGUGUUCACAAGAGUCCUGUUCUUCACUGGUGCAGGAGUUGCAGGCAGCCCAAGACAGUCAUGAGGCACAGCUGGCCAAACAACAGCUCUUGGUGCAGGAGAAAAUGACGGAAGUAACUUGUCUGGAAAAACAAAUUGAAACCCUGAAAGAAAUCCAAGAGGACUUGCAGAGGAAGUCUGAGGUUGAAGUCCAGAGGCUGUCAGCAAGCCUUGAGGCUGAGCAGCAGUGUGUUGCUGAGCUGAGGCAGGAGGCUGCUGCCCUCUUGGAGGCAAGGAGUAGAGACACUGACUGCCUUGACAGGCUGAGGGAGUCCAAUGAAAUGCUUGACAAAGAGAUCAAGGAACUCAAGGAUUGUACAGUCACUUUACAAAACAGCAAGCAAGUGUUGGAGGGAGAGAAAGUGGAGUUGAUCACCAACCUGCAAGAGAAAGAAAAAUACAUCUCAGAACAGAAGGAAGAAAUUGUCAAACUGAGAGACCAGGUGACUGAAGAAAGGGCCGCUGCUGAGGGCAAGAUUAAGACCUUAGAAAAGGACUCUUAUGAUGGGCAACAGAAAAUGGAGUCCACGGUGGAGGAGAGGGAGAAAAUAAUACAGGAAAAGGAAAACCUCAUUGCAGAACUCCAAAGUGAAAAAGACAGCUUGUCCAAGAUGCUCCAUGAAGAAGAGUGUUUGCUGGCCACCAGGGCUGAAGAACACCGGAGUGCCCUGGAGGCACUGCACCAGAAGCUGGACGCUGAGACAAGCCAGCGGAGUUUGCUGGCCACCACAGCAGAGGAACACAGGCGUGCCCUUGAAGCACUACAGCAGAGGCUUAACAUUGUGACAGGGCAGCACACCACUGAUAAAGAGAAGCUAGAGAGUGAGCUCAGGUGUUCACAAGAGUCCUGUUCUUCACUGGUGCAGGAGUUGCAGGCAGCCCAAGACAGUCAUGAGGCACAGCUGGCCAAACAACAGCUCUUGGUGCAGGAGAAAAUGACGGAAGUAACUUGUCUGGAAAAACAAAUUGAAACCCUGAAAGAAAUCCAAGAGGACUUGCAGAGGAAGUCUGAGGGUGAGGCUAAGAGGCUGUCAGCAAGCCUUGAGGCUGAGCAGCAGUGUGUUGCUGAGCUGAGGCAGGAAGUUGCUGCCCUCAUGGAUACAAAGUGUAAAGACAUUGACUGCCUUGACAGGCUGAGGGAGUCCAAUGAGAAGCUUGACAAAGAGAUGAAGGAACUCAAGGAUCAUGCUGGCAGAGCUGACCACAGCAAGCAAGUGUUGGAGGGAGAGAAAGUGGAGUUGAUCACCAACCUACAAGAGAAAGAAAAAUACAUCUCAGAACAGAAGGAAGAAAUUGUCAAACUGAGAGACCAGGUGACUGAAGAAAGGGCCGCUGCUGAGGGCAAGAUUAAGACCUUAGAAAAGGACUCUUAUGACGGACAACAGAAAAUGGAGUCCACAAUUAAAUCUGUGAUGGAGGAGAGGGAGAAAACAAUACAGGAGAAGGAAAACCUCAUUGCAGAACUCCAAAGUGAAAAAGACAGCUUGUCCAAGAUGCUCCAUGAAGAAGAGUGUUUGCUGGCCACCAGGGCUGAAGAACACCGGAGUGCCCUGGAGGCACUGCACCAGAAGCUGGACGCUGAGGCAGACCAGCACACUACAGAAAAGAAAAAGCUGGACAGUGAGGUGCUUGACCUUACAAAGAAAGUGGAGACCCUGGAAAAAGUCAAAGAGGACUUGCAGAGGAAGUCUGAGGGUGAGGCUAAGAGGCUGUCAGCAAGCCUUGAGGCUGAGCAGCAGUGUGUUGCUGAGCUGAGGCAGGAAGUUGCUGCCCUGAUGGACACAAAGUGUAAAGACACUGACUGCCUUGACAGGCUGAGGGAGUCCAAUGAGAAGCUGGACAAAGAGAUGAAGGAGCUCAAGGAUCAUGCUGGCAGAGCUGACCACAGCAAGCAAGUGUUGGAGGGAGAAAACUCCAAGUUGGCCGCCGACCUGCAGGAAAAAGGUGAGUGCAUCGCAGGCUUGAAGGAAGAGCUUGAUAGACUCAGAACCCAGAUCACUGCAGAGAAGGCGGCUGCCGAGGCCAAGUUGAAGACGAUAGAAAACGAUUCUCAUGAGAGACAGCAAACAAUGGAAUGCACAAUAAAAUCCUUUACAGAAGAAAAGGCACAAGAAAUUCAGGAGAAGGAAAACCUCAUUGCAGAACUCCAAAGUGAAAAAGACAGCUUGUCCAAGAUGCUCCAUGAAGAAAAGUGUUUGCUGGCCACCAAGACUGAGGAACUCAGGGGUGUGCUGGAGGCACUGCACCAGAAGCUGGACGCUGAGACAAGCCGGCACGAUGCAGUAAGGGAAAAGCUGGAACGUGAAGGGCUUGACCAUAUAAAGAAAGUGGAAACACUGAAUGUAACCGUAGAGGACUUGCAGAGGAAGUCUGAGGCUGAAGUCCAGAGGCUGUCAGCAAGCCUUGAGGCUGAGCAGCAGUGUGUUGCUGAGCUGAGGCAGGAAGUUGCUGCCCUGAUGGACUCAAGGAGCAGAGACACUGACCACACUGUCAGGCUGAGGGAAUCUAAUGAUGAGCUCAACAAGGAGGUGGCUGUGCUGAAGGGCAGUCUUGCUGAGGUGACUGAAAAAUACUCGACACUUCAGCGAGAGAGCGGCGAGGCUGCGCACCACCACAAGACUGAAGUGUCACGCCAGGAAGAACGGCUUGCAGAAAAAGAGGGAGCCCUCUCGUUGCUACUCAAGGAAGUGGAAGAUAGCAAGCAAGUGUUUGAGGAAGAGAAGUCCAAGUUAGCCGCUGACCUGGAGGCAAGGGAGGAACGCAUCACUCAGUUAAGGAAAGAAAUCUGUGAAGCUGGAACUCAAAUGGAAAAAGAAAAGUCCGCUCAUGAUGCCCAGGUGAAGGUGAUGGAAGGGGAGUCCGGCGGUGAAAAGCAGAGGUUGGAAGCCACGGUCCAGGCCAUCAAAGAGGAAAAAGCAAGAGUGAUUCAAGGCCUGGAGGAGCUUGUGGCAGAGCUUCAGAGGGAAAAGGACGAGGUGCGUCAGAGCCACCAGGAAGAAAAGUGUGCGCUGACAGAGAUGGCCGAGGAACACAAGGCGGCACUCGUGGCACUGCAGGGAAGACUUGAAGACCUGACCAGCCAGCACAGGGCAGAGAAGGAACAGCUUGAGAGUGACCUCCAGGCCACGCAGACGGCUCGGCAGGAAGCGGAGACAAAGUCUGUCGAGGCGUACAGAGAAUCCAUCCAAGAACUCUCCGAGGAAGUUGCCAGACUGAAGGGUUGCGUCGCAGAGCAGAAAGAGAAGUACUUGUUGCUGAGGGAGGAGACGGAGGAAGCCACCCAGCACCACACCAGCCAAGAGGAAGCCCAGGCAAGGCAGCAGCUGGAGGUUGAGCAGACUCUUCGCACUGAAAUGGAACACUGUAAGCAAGUGUUUGAGGAGGAGAAGCUGUCCCUCGCCACCACCGCAAGAGAGAGAGAGGAGACCAUCGUGCAGCUGAGGGAGGAGAAGCUGUCCCUGGCCACCACUGCAAGAGAGAGAGAGGAGACCAUCGUGCAGCUGAGGGAGGAGAAGCUGUCCCUGGCCACCACCGCAAGAGAGAGAGAGGAGACCAUCGUGCAGCUGAGGGAGGAGAAGCUGUCCCUGGCCACCACUGCAAGAGAGAGAGAGGAGACCAUCGUGCAGCUGAAAGAGGAGAAGCUGUCCCUGGCCACCACCGCAAGAGAGAGAGAGGAGACCAUCGUGCAGCUGAAGGAGGAGAAGCUGUCCCUGGCCACCACUGCAAGAGAGAGAGAGACCAUCGUGCAGCUGAGGGAGGAGAAGCUGUCCCUGGCCACCACCGCAAGAGAGAGAGGAGACCAUCGUGCAGCUGAAGGAGGAGAAGCUGUCCCUGGCCACCACCGCAAGAGAGAGAGAGGAGACCAUCGUGCAGCUGAAGGAGGAGAAGCUGUCCCUGGCCACCACCGCAAGAGAGAGAGAGGAGACCAUCGUGCAGCUGAAGGAGGAGAAGCUGUCCCUGGCCACCACCAUAAGAGAGAGAGAGGAGACCAUCGUGCAGCUGAGGGAGGAGAUCAAGCAGCUGACUGGACGCUGGGUGCAGAACAGGACGCCUUGCAGCGACAGGCGGACACCAACAGACAAACACUUGAGCACGAGCGGCUGUUGAUGAGCAGCAAGACUGAGGACACACUCUUGGGCCAGCAGCAGGAGGUCAGCAGCCUCCAGAAGGACCUACAGCAGGCCAAGAAGCAGCUAACUGAUGCCACACACAACCUGCAGCAGCACCAGGCAGAGGUUGCUGCACUCGCCCAAAAGUUGGCAGUGACUGAGGCCGAGAGCAAGAAACACCACUCCCGCGUGCUGGCCCUGGAGAGCCAGACCAUCGACAAGGAGAAGGCGGUGGCAGCCUCAGAGGAGGAGCUGCGUCGCGUGGAGCGUGAGGCUGAGAAGACCGUCCAGAGCCUGAAGGAGGAGGUGCGGGCUGCCAAGGAGAAGGCCAAGCUGGAGAGAGGCGCGGCAGACACAAUCAGGAAGACAUACAAGACUGAGGUUGAGAAGCUAACACUGCGGGCCGCCGAGUGGGAGCGCGAGAAGAAGGAGAGAGAAAUCCUGCAGAAGAAAUACGAGACUGCCAAAAAGAAGCUCGGGGAGACUGUCACGCACCUUGAUGAGGCGCGCACUGCUAACAGACACUACCAGCAGCAGCUGAGCCAAGUCAAGGAGUGCAUGAAGAAGCUUGAGGAAAGUGUACAGAGGGAGAAACUGAAAGGCAUAGAGGCGCAAAAUAGAGUGCUUGAGGUCGAGGGGAAGUACCAGCCGCUCAAGGAGAAGAAUCAUGAACAGGAAAACACCAUCAAGAGGCUCGGCGCAGAGAAACGCUCCAUGGAAAUGCAGCUCCACCACGCCGAGGCUCAGAUCAAGGAGCACAAGAAAUUGCAGAGGCGGGAGAGCUUCUGGGAGCAGGAGGUCCCGGCGUCCUCCUCCAACAGACUGACGCGGAUGUCCAUAUCAGACAGUCAGGUCCUGGGCCGCAGGACCACGCGUUCUGCCACCACCUCCUCCUCAGCGGACGAGUACCUUGGGUGCAACGACUCCACGGAAAAGCUGCUGCCAAAGAAGAGGACCAGGGACCAUUUGCAGCGAGGGUCGGCAUCAAGCAAAGAUGACUCGGUCUUCCUCAAGCCUAAGAGCCAGACCAUGGUCGCUGGGGGUGGCAGCAUCAGCAGCGAUGAGAGAGUGGCCCAGCGCGAGGCCCUGGCAGCACCCUCGGACACCCAGACCAAGCGUCCCGGUCUUCCCCCGCCAGAAAUCAUCUUGGACCACUCGCUGGGGAAAUCCAUCCCCCGCAGCAUGCACUUCCGCUGUGACGAGGAGGAGGAGGAGCUCUUCAACAACAAGUACCUCCAUGACAUGAAGAACGGAAACUGUAUACCAGUAGGAGACGAACAGUGGCGGCGGGUGUCUGAGCUGCAGCGGCGGAACUCCCUCUACCCGCCACACAUGCGCUCCGCCUACCCCGUGGAGAUGCAGUUCAGGCCGCUGGACGACUUUGAGGACGACAAGCUGAGAGAGGGCUGUGCUAUAGAUGACAGGCAAUUACUGAAUCUCACUGCGGCCACAGAAAACCUUGAGCUAGACUCUCCGGCCUUCAACCUGCGCAAGCGAAAGUCUCCCUCAGACUCCAUCAUCUCGGAGACGUCGCUUGACUCUUCAGACGGGAAGAAAACGAGGAGGCUCUCUACCUCAUACUCCCGGCCUGGCCCGCCCACGCCUGGCCGCCGCCUUAGUCGUGGUGACAAGGAGAACAGGAGGGAGUCCAACGCCUCAGAGCUGUCCCUCUCCCUCUGGCAAGGCCACAGAAAGGAGGGUGCUUCCGGGCUGGCCAGCAGAGGAGGCUCACCCGUCACCCGCCACCCUCAGCCAGACGCCAGCCGGGCCACGCGCCGGAAGUUGCUGGGCCGCACCACCAGCUCAAGCUCAGUACGGUCCCAGUCCUCCCCGGCACGCUCCCCGACGGUUCUCAGCAAGAAGGGGAUGUCCACGCCCCAGGCCAGGAAGGGCAUGACUCCGUCCUCUCUCAGGAAGAUUCUGGCCAAGGGAAAGUCACCCUGGAGGAAGCUUGAUAACAAUGAUGAGACCCCUAAGGGCUUAGGAGACAGUACAAACUCCAAUGGCAGCUCAAAACUCAGGAUUUUCCGUAAACCCUUCGGUUCCAGAAAUUACAAUGUCCUCUCUGCAUCACUAAGGUCCCAGGAAAGGCUCGCAACUCUCGACGACUCCUUGACCAACUCAGCCGGCCACUCAAGCGCUGCAACAACUGAGCUGAGGCCGAGGAGGAGGAAGUAAGGUGGUCUGCAGUCCUGUCCUCCUGAGGCUGAAGCAGCGGCCACAGGAGUAAGGUAUUUCCAUUCCUGGCCCUCCACCCGUAAGCUGCAACAACACCCCUUGAGCCUUGGAUCAUCAGCUACACCUGCACCCACCCAGGGGUGAGCUUAGGGGGACAGGUUGCCUGCUGGUAACUACACUGCCCUAGAACACCUGUGUUUAAACAUUGCCCAAAGAUAUCAUUCCUUAUAUUGCGUCAUUAUGAAGGUAAAUUAAGAAAAUGGAGGUUUUGAAGUAAGAGGGUGUAGGAUUAAGAUUGGUUGACACUAAAUGUACUCUCAGUGGAGGAUUUUUGAGCUGUCUGUUUCCCGAAGCCACUCAGCAUCGUGUAAUUACCGAGGUGGCUUGAUUGCUUCGUGAAGAAGAGGGGAGGAAUAGAUGAUAAAAGAAUUAAAUAAGGUAGAUGGUGUGAAAGUUGCAAGACAAAUUAAUAAUGGGAAGGUAGUCUUGAAGUGUUUGGAGUGAAGGAACGGAGAAAACUGAAGCAAGCCAAGACAACGUUUGGGCAUGGUAAAGUUCCUCCAUUAGUGAAGGCAUCACUGACAGAGCUCUGAGGAGGUAUCAGAUAAUGUUCAUCACUACACCUUUGUCAAGAUGCUGUGGGAUGUAACUUGGUUGGCUGGAGAUGAUCCUCCGUUACAAGAUAUAUCUAGCUGGUGCAGAACGGUACGGACGGUUACUGUGGUGGCAGCGCUCGGGUCUGAGGUGUGCAUCACUGUGCCCCGGCAAGCUGCUGCCACACGGCGCAUCCCAUGGCCUGGAUGAUGUGUGACAGCCUACGUACAGAAACUGGUUGUUAGUAUCAGUAUUGUGCAAGCAGCAAUGAUGAAUACCAUUAUUUAAGGUGAUUCUGAGUUUCAAAUUACUGCUACUGUAAGGCAGUUUUAUUAAUUUAUAAGGUCACUGAUUAGAACCAUCAAAGAGCCUUGGCACUGCCCCCCACAGAGUAUAGUCUCACAGGCCAGCUGUCUGUGACAUUAACCCCUUCAACACGAGGACGCGUAUACUGCGUCCUUAUGUGCCCCAUACCAUAUCCGAGGACACGCAUACUGUGUCCUGGCUCCCUUUAGCCAAUAUACGAGUUAUUUUAUCUCUAUAUUUAUGCUUGCAUCUCAAAAUUAUCAAUUAAUUUGUUCCUAUACGUGCACCAUUUAAUUCUGCAUGUUUUCAUAUAUAAUACAUGAUGAUUAUGUUGAGUUUAUGGCUGAAAACUUGUUAUAUUCAAUAGCGACAUUUGAAAUUUGGCGCGCACGGUGAUCCCGGAUACAGUGCGGGGCGCUGUUUUGGCCCGGCCGUAGUGAAGGGGUUAAUACCAAGUUGAAGCUCAAUAUUAACCACAACUCAGUGUAUUUGCCACUGCUGCUUGCAUGCUAUUCUUACCAACAACUGUUGCCUGUGUGUAGGCCGUCAUCAUCACCCAUAUAAUUGAACAUGCCGUGUGGCAGCAUCAGGCUGCCUCAGCACCAUACAACACCUCAGACUUGGGCGCUGCCUCCAUAGUAAGGUCUACAGAUUUGGACCAUGUGUGUGUGUGUGUGUGUGUGUGUGUAUAGUCCUUGCUGUUUACUCAUAUUCCCUCCUGCAAAGGCUCCAGAGCUCAGGCUGCCAAGGUUUCUUUAAUACAACACUGUUAUCUCCACACACGGUGAUCACCGAGGUUUUGUUCCCUCGGUGGUGAUCAACAAUGUUCUGUUCACUUUAGUUCAAACUACUACUAGUUGUAGUAUGCUUCCUUUGGUCUGUAAAUGAGCACAUUAGCAUCAGAUUACUUAUACUUAUUAACAAGAGAUACAGUGAGUAGCUAGCAUCUUUGGUUUAUCAGAUAAAAGGCUUUCCACAAGAUCUCACAUGUUUUAAGAAGCUGAGCUUAAAAUUUACUGUACAGUCAUCUGUUUUUACAUAUGCAAAUAUUACUAAUUUUAGAAUAUUUACCAUUUAUUUGUAUAUAUUAAGGAAACUUUGUUAUUAAUAACUUUUAUAUGUAACUUUUAUAACUUUUAUAUGUAGCUGUAGCUAUCAUUUAGGAACUGCCUCUCACAACUCACACUACACAUAAUAUUCUCUUGAACCCUUCACUGUAGUCCGUGUGGGAGUUCUCACUGCCUGAUGCUGAGAGGAAGUUAUUACUCUGCUGUUUCACAAGUGCUGGUCAUGACAAAGGACUUUCUUUCUCAGAUUAGUUCUUCCCUCAUUCCAUUACAGACUCUUCCUCAGAACACUACACAACACAGUUCCCUGUCACAGGCUAACAGGUGGUGUGCAGUAGUGGUGGCACGUCACCACUUGAGUUUUCCCACGCCACAUAAUAUCCAUUCCUAUAGUGAAACCAGAUUGGCAAGUCCGUUUUGGCGUUGGCCCCGCAGGUCCUUUCCUUCCUCCCCUCUGCUCUGCCACACAGUCCCAACACACAGUUUUUUCCUCUCCUGUGUUACCUGCAGCUAACAUACGAGAGGGAGAGGUAAGUGUUGGGACUGUGUGGCAGAGCAGAGGGAGGAAAGGACCCUCGGGAGCCAACGCCACAACGGACUCGCCAAUCUGGUUUCACUCUAUUAACUUUAAUAUGCAAAUCAUUAAAGACCUGAAGAAUAUAAGUAACCUUUAAUGCUUAGGCUCCCUCCCUCACUAAAUAGAGAUUGCCUACCCCUCCUUUUCAACACAUAUUUCCUCCUGCAACUUUCAUCAUUCUUUUCCUCUUGUAUAUACCGUACACACAAACUAUCAGGGAAAACUGAUAUUUAAAUUCUUGUUUUUACAGUUUCCUAAUCAUCAUCAUCUCAUGGUCUCAUUUCUUAUAGAGGCAUGGUGUGAGAAGGCUGGCUGGCCAUGUCUCAAGUGUAGGCACAAUGCCCCUUUCCAUAGCCUCUUAAAUCACACUAAAUUGUGAGCACAGGUAUACAGCAUCCUUGGAACAAAAUAAGUUAAGUCAAAACAUGGAUUUACUGUGUGACUCGCCAUUCUCUGAGACGUAUUGUUUGGACUUUGAUCAAAAGUAAAUAAAUAAAUAAGUAAAAAAUACACCCGAAGAGUCAAAUUCAGUCAUACACAAUUGACUUCACUCUCCUGGUAUGAACUGAAGUUUGUGGUACAAGUCCAUUCAACAUGUUAUCCUUUUGAAUGCCUGAGACUUUCACUGAUGAAACUCACUUCAUGCAAAUGAAUUCUUUCAGUAAUUCUCAUGUCAACUGCAGUGACUGUACAGUUUUCAUUGCGAGACAAACGGCAAAAUCACGGCCAACCUUUUGGGUCAACCUCACUUCUGGAAAUGUUACUUCACCAUCUGCUACACCAGUCUGUUGUCAGGCUUAAAAUUCCUUCCCCCAGUGAAGAUGGUCCCUGAACUCUCUAUUCACAAUAUUUCAGCCAUGUACUCAUCAAAAAUGUUUACCUAUUGACAUUUUAAUAAAAUUUUAAACAUUGAGAGUAAUUGCAAGUCCAAGAGUUUGAGACAUGAACCUAAGACGUGACAUCACCAACCCUUUAGACCUUAGCCCUCUACAGGUGUGAGCUUUUAGGAAAGCUUCGGUUUGGCUGUGAAAAAUUAAAAAGUUUACCCUUUUUGUUUCUUAUGGAAAGUUGUGAGCUUUGGUUUGGCUGUGAAAAAUUAAAAAGCUUACCCUUUUAGUUUCUUAUGGAAAGUAUACCAUUUAGGUUGGGUAUUUUUUUGUCCUUGGUAUGCAUGAAAAGCAUAUAUAUUAGGCUGGGCUUCCUUUGAUCUUGGUCUGUGUCCAGGGCAGCAAGGUUCUUAGUGUACAAAUAUGUUACAAUGCUAAUGUAGCUUUUGAGGCAGGGCAAUGUCACAGGGAAGAGAGGUGUUGCCAUUACUGCCGUGGCUGUAUCAAGAGUUGGUUCUUAGCCUUUCCCACAUAUUUGAUUUUUCAAUGAGCCUGAUAAGCUGUGGACAGACACAAAUCAUGGAUCACAGACAAAUGGAUGCCUGGCUUUACUCCACGCCCUGUUCACUCUAUAGGGCCGGUCACACUCCAAGUCAAGGGACGGUCUCGCUUUGGUCACAGUCCGAGUCUUUUCAUACAAGUCAUCCCCACUCCCUCGGCAAAAUAAGCUGCCCUUGAUGGAUGGAGGAUGAGAGAGUUUUCACAGAGUUGAUGAUGAUUGCCGUCACAUUAGACAUGGCAAAAGUAAGAGUGUGCAGAUCCAUCCAUUAUUGUAAGAUAGGGAAAGAGAAAGUGAAUUUCACAUUGUUGUAGUACUGACUUGCCUGGUGGGUGAGCCUCCCAUAACCCACUUAGCCAGCGGGGUACCUCUUUGGCUAACUGGUAAAGGAGUGGUUCUCCCGUUACGCUGGUCGUGGGUUUGAUCCCGGCGCUGGCAAAACCUUUCCUUGUCUGGAUUAAUUUCUCGUGUGUUUCGUUACACACGGAGGUCAUGUGAGAGUGUAGUAAAAAUAAAAUUCGGGCAUUUCAUUGUUUCCUCAUUUGAGUGAUGAUGAAAGUAGAUUUUAGUUACUUUUGAAAAAAUACUCCAAAGCUGAAAGACUCCUCUCUGUGAGGACCAAAGCGAGACUAUUGGUGGCAUCCACGCUGGCAGGUUCACUCUGGUCAAGAUGCCUUUUGAAUGGAUCAUGACCAGACUGACCUGACUGUUCCUGCCAGUGUGAACGCUUCCAUUGAAGUACAAGUAAUAUUUUGUGGCCGGGCCGUGACUGUCCCUGCAAUGUGACUUGGGCCUUACUGUGCACCUGAUAUCCUCUGUACCACCUGCAUCUGCCUUAUUGAAUUUUUAACUCAUUUACUGUAAUGUACUUAUGUCUGACAUCCAUUGUCACUAUUAGGAUCAGUACACAUUUAUUUUGCUCUGUAUAAACGGAAAACAAUGAAAAAACUAUCUCUAAAAGGCAUUUCAUUUUUAUCCAGCUAUUGAUCCAUGUUACUGAAUAUAUAUACUUGAAUAAGCUUUUCUUUGUUAUUAUUUUCAAGGGCAAGUUUAAGGGUCAACUUUCACAUGAAUACUACUUUCCAAGGAAGGUGGAUUCAUCAACUAUCAGGGAGCAUACCCCAGGGGUGGGUCGCUUCACUCCCUCGCUGCCUUCACGCAGCUACCCUAUCCAUAUCAAGCCCCUCCUGGAAGGAUCAGUCAACUUGCCCUAGCCAUGUUACGUGGGCAUCCCCUUGAUCUCCUCCACUCAGGGUUGACUCUUACAGAGACAUCCCUGUGAGCAGGAUCGACGUCUGGGAUGCGCGCCACGUGCCCAUAUUGAUGGAGUUGACAUUCAUGGACUAAGCUGGUAACAGCCUCGAUUCAGUUUCACGGAGUAGUUGCUAGUUGACACAGUCAUUCCAGUGACUCCUCAUGAUCCUGCGAAGGCACUUGGCACCAGAAUGCAUCGAGACCUCUCCAAGUCACUAUUCAGUGUCCAUGUCUCACAGCCACACAGUAAGACGGGAAGCACAAGUGACUUAACCCUUUCAAUACAAUGACGCCUACGUAGGCGUCAUGAAGCCCCAGUAGCAUAUACGAUGACGCCUACGUAGGCGUCAUAUUUCUAUUCUGUUUCUUCUUCUAUUGAGUUGUCCCGUACUUUGUGUUGGUUACUAAGUAAAGACGCCGUAUGCUGUCCUUGAAAUCCUAUUGCUCCUCCCACCAUCCUUGUUCCCACCAAUCACAAAAAAUGAGCUACAGUAUGCACCGCCUUCUUCCCGCCUUGUGUCUAAAAUUAGGA